AUGAAUGAAAAAUUUCACCAACAACAUCAUGGAGUUGCAUCACAUUCUGUCAUUUAUAAUAAUUCUAAUAUUAAUUCAAUGUCAUCUUUAUCAUCCAUGGAACCACAACCACUUCAGAAAUCACUUGGAAAUAAUUCAUUUAAAUAUGAUAACUUCAUCGAACAACAGUUAAUUAAAGAAAAAAUUAAUAAUAUUCGAAAACACUCUGGCAAUAAACAUGAUGAUGUAGACGAAUGGUUACAGAAUAUUGAACAGGAUUUUUCUUCCACAUUAGUCAGUGAAGAAAUCAAAUUAAAACUUAUUCCGAAAAGUCUAACCAAUGAUGCUAAAAUGGCAACAUUCAUGAUUGAAGAAAAUCUUGAAACAUUCUCUCUUAUUUGGCUCGAUGCCUCAGUAAAUGAAACACAAGAAAAUAUCGAUGCUCAACAUCAACUUCGAACCUCGAUAAAUUUUUUGAAAACAUUUGAUGAUGCUGAUAAAUGUGAAACCUAUAUUAAAUCAUUGCAAAGAGACGAUCGCGUUGUACUCAUAGCGAGUGGUCGGCUCGGUCAAAUCAUAGUACCACGCAUUCAUUCAUUACGACAACUCGCUGCUAUUUAUGUCUACUGUAAAGAUAAGAAACGAAAUGAACUAUGGGCUAAUCAAUUUAAAAAAGUUAGGGGUAUAAUUGUUUUAUUAGAUGAACUGAUUUCUCUGAUUCGGUCAGAUCAAGAACGGCGAAGUCGCAAUAAGGUUGAUGAGCCUUUGCCUAUAAAUUUAAGUAAUAGAAAUACUAAACAAGAACAAUCAACGAAUGAUCUUAGUGGUCAAUUUAUUCAGUCUGAAUUAUUGAUCGAUUGUCUUCUGCGUAUGAAAUCAAAUUCAGUUGAAAAGAAAGAAUUCAUUACCCUCUGUCAGAAUUAUUAUAAAGGGAACUCAAAGGAAUUAUCAGUGCUCAAUGAUUUCGAAAAAUAUUAUUCUUCUGAAAGAUGUUUAUGGUGGUAUACACGAGAGGCAUUUCUCUAUCGGCUUAUGAAUAAAGCACUUCGUGUGUUAAAUAUUGAUUUACUAUUUUUGUUUCGUUUUUUUAUUCGUGAUAUUGGACAACAAUUAGAAAAACGACGGUGUUCGUCGUCACUGCGUCUCUAUCGAUGUCAACUAAUGUCAAAAGAUGAAAUCGAAUUAUUUAAAAACUACAUUGGUAAACAUAUCGCUAUGAAUUCAUUUUUUUCUACAAGUACGCGUCGUGAUAAAGCUCUUCUAUUUCUCGAUUAUUCGAGUGAUCUUGAACAGGUUUUAUUCGAAAUUGAAGCUGAUCCUCAAUUGAAAGGUAUCAAACCGUUUGCUAAUAUAACAUCAUCUAGUUUUUAUCCAGACGAAGAAGAGGUCCUGUUUAUGUUCGGAUCAAUUUUUAAAAUACUUAAUGUUGACUGUGACAAAGAUGAAUUAUGGACCGUUCAACUUGCUCUUGCCAGUGAUGAACAUCAUGAUUCAAAAUCGAUUAUUAAUCAAAUGAAAAAUGAAUAUAUAAAACAAGACACAAAUAUGCUUACAUAUGGUAAUACAAUACGUGAUAUGGGAAAAUUUAAUGAAGCCGAAAAAUACUAUCGCCGUUUUCUAAAUGAAUCGUCACAUAGCCCUAAAGAUAAUGCUGAUUGCUAUUAUUCAUUAGGUACUCUAGCUACUGCGAAAGGCAAAUACGAUGAAAGUCUUCAGUGGCAUAUGGAUGCAUUGGCAAUCAGAGUAGAAAAUCUAAAUUCAAGCGAUCCCAAUAUAGCAUCGAGUUACAAUAGUAUUGCAAUAGUUUACCGGAAAAAACAUGAUUAUGUUCAAGCACUGAAGUCAUAUGAGAAAGCUUUGAAAAUUUGGGAACAAUCAUUCGGCGAGAAUCAUUCAAAAGUAGCCAUGUGUCUAAAUAACAUUGGCGCUGUCUAUGAAGAUCAGAAAGAUUAUUUAAAGGCACUCGAAUACUAUAACAUGGCAUUAAACAUAGCAAAACAACAUGUACCGAUCGAUUAUCGCAGUCUAAGUGCGAUACAUAACAAUAUCGGUAAUAUCUAUUUUAUGAUCAAAAAAUAUGAUCAUGCACUAGAGCACUAUAAUGAAGCAUUUCAAAUCAAAUUAAAAUUUUUACCUAAUCAACAUCCUAGUAUUGCAGCAGCACUUCGAAAUAUUGGUAUGGUUCAUGAAAAAAAGGGUUCCAUAAAAAAAGCACAAGAAUAUUAUACACAAGCGAAUGCUAUGAAUUCUGCAACAUAA